AUGGCCCUCGUGAAUGUCGACCAAGUGCCCCCCACCAAGCCCGUGGAGAAGACCCCGGACGUGGUCGUGACCCCCUGCAAUCCCUGGACUGCACCAUACUAUCUGGAUGGUGGAUUCCGUCGCAUCAAACCCUACCACUACACCUAUAACACCAACUGCAAGGAGCGAUGGCGCGGUCGUCAGUUGGUCGAGAUCUUCACGUCCGAGUUUCGCGAUCGGAAGCCGGAGUAUUAUAGAUCCGCUCUUGAAAAAGGCCUUGUAACCGUCAAUGGUGUGAGAGCCUACCCAGAAACCGUCAUCAAAAACGGCCAAGUUAUAUCCCACACCACCCACCGCCACGAACCCCCUGUCACAAGCCUCCCCAUCGGAAUUAUCUACGAAGAUGAAGGGCUCAUUGUCAUUGACAAGCCCGCCGGUGUUCCCGUCCACGCUGCAGGCCGAUACAACUUCAACUCAGUCGUAGAAAUCCUGCGCGCAGAUCGCGACCCCAAUUUCGUGCCUCGCCCAUGCAACCGCCUUGACCGACUGACCUCCGGAAUCAUGUUCAUCGGAAAGGACCCCCAAGCUGCGGAGAAGAUGGCCACCGCUCUUAAAUCGCGCACAGUACAGAAGGAAUAUGUCGCGCGCGUCAAGGGCAAGUUCCCCGACGGCGUGGUAGUCUGCGACCAGCCCAUCAUGCAAGUAAGCCCGAAACUCGGUCUUAACCGCGUCCGCGCCACCGGCAAGGAAGCCACAACCAAAUUUCGCCGUCUGGCCUACUACCCUCCCACCGCAGAAUCGGGAUCCAGCACCCCGGACGGCGAGCGCCCCGCUACACCCCCUUCAACAUCCCUUUUGAGCGAAACGGAAGGAUAUAGCAUCGUGCACUGCUUCCCUCUCACUGGCCGCACCCACCAAAUCCGAGUCCACCUUCAGUUCAUGGGUCAUCCAAUCUCAAAUGACCCCAUCUACUCCAAUAGACGUGUCUUCGGGCCGGGGCUCGGCAAAGCCGAAGCAACCGCCGAACGCGACGAAGAAAUCGUCGCCCGGCUAUCUCUCAUGGGAAAGACAGAAAUUGCGGAUACAGUGUCGUACCGCACACAUCUAACCGCGGCACCGAACGUACCACCAGGCACGGAUCCGGUCCUCGUCAACGAGAUCAUGUACCGCGAACAAGUCGCCGCAUCCGAAGAUUACGCCAAACGCAAGGGCGAGAAGCUAUCCGGAGAUCUUUGUGAAGUCUGCGGUACGGAGUUGUACUCAGACCCCGGUGCUCAUGAGCUCGGUAUCUUCCUGCACGCUGUUGCGUACGCUGAUAAAGACGGUGACUGGGGAUACCGCAGUCCGAUGCCUCACUGGGGUCUGCCUCCGCAUGGCUGUGAGGGACCCACCGAAGUGCCGGAUUGGGUUCCUGCUGCUGAAGGCGAGGAAGUCGUCAUCGGGCAUGGGACUAUUCCUCCUGGGCUGGGUGAUGAGGAUCUUGCUGCUGAUGCGAAUACUGGUUCUGUCAUCCUCGAGGGUGUCGGGCUUGUUAAUAUUGCUGAGGCGGCGCGUAUUCAACAGCAGCAGGGUGCAGAGACGGCUACGGCCUAG